GUCAAUUUUGCGCUUCAUUCGAAAGUGUACGGAAUCAUAGCAAAAUAUGACGAUAGAAUCCAAUAAAAUGAAAGAUGUUUUGCUGCUUCAAAUGACUUCAAAGUAUGAAGACCCACAUCUAUGGAUAGACAACUACCUAGCAAACCCAUCAGUUUCUGAAACGGAAGUUAAUCACCUGAGAUCUGUUAUGCAAAGGGAUCAAGCACUCAAGAAGGCAGAUAGCGAGAGAAUCUAGUCUAAAACUGGUUUGUACAAUCGGUCUCUGGGAUUCUCUGGAAGAACUAUGACUUCUGCGCCAGUAUCGAUGAGGCAACGCACUUUCGUAAUCACAUCAGUGACGUAUAACAGACAGCUGUGUUCGCCAUCUAUGGUUGCCGUUAACGCGUGUCAGCUGGGAAGAUUACCGAAACGUUCUUCAUAUCUGUUGAUUUGGAGUCCGGAGCAUUGCAGGAUUUUCUGCAAUUUCGAGAAGGUUUUCAGUACUGAUUAUGACACCAGCACCAGUCAAGGUUAUCUGUCUCUCGUAAUCUAGAGACAGAUCGCUUUCAUGAAAAACUCCUUUGAAGGAUUUGUGUUCGUUUAUGGUCAUUACGAAUCCGUGGGUUACGUGUCAGCGUAUCACAGAGUCCUGAAACGUCAUACCGCGUCAUCUGAGCCUUUUCUUUGAUUGAAAAAUCUUCGGCGUUAGAAGAUUGAGUGAUCUCUAAAAUACGAUUGGCAGAUGCAGCCAGAUCGUCCACGGCGUUUUUUGCAAUGAGACACGCAAUGCUUGCACCUGUUGAGUUUAGGCAAUAAGAUUUGUCUAAGUAGGCCAUUAUAUAAUGUGAAACUGUCGGCAAUUUAAAAAGGGCUCAAACGGGACUAAUUUCAGUGAUGCUUCCCUGUUGAGUCGAUAACAUACGAUAUUUUCUGUAAAAUAACGGGCAAAACUGUACAGGUCAAUAUAGAUGUGCACUGCUGAAUAAACAAAUCGAAUUACAAAUGAUUUAUAAUAUACUUGGACAAUGCCUUUUCUGUUAGGUAAAUUUAUUGUUACAAGAACAAUCACGUAAGGUCUGUUAGUGACUUAGUUGGAUCAUUUCCCUCUAAACUACAACCUGAAAUUCUACUCAGUAAUAUGAACCAAUUGCGCAAUAAAAUUCCAGCAGUUCCUGGUAGUGGCUUUGUUUCAACUUAUACCACAAUAAUUAAAUCUAAUGAUAUAAAUCCAGUUGAAGAUGAGGAUUACAUGUCACAUUUAGAUUAUGUUCACAAACGCAGAUCAUAUGCAACAUUACAGAUACGUAGAUUUACAUCCCAAUUCUCAAAGUUAUGUCCAAUAUGUUUACAUCAAUAUAAUUCAUUAACAGAAACGUAUCGAUGUAUUAAGUGUAUUCGUAAUGUUUGUCAAAAUUGUGCAUACAAAAUAUCAUCGUCGAAUUCGAAUAUUCUAUGUAAAGAGUGUUGGGAAAUUGCGAAAUGUAUCUGUAAAACAGGUGAUUGGUUUAAUCAUUAUACUGAAACAAGAGAAACCAGUCCGUUAAAAAUUGAUGUAAGAUUUAAACCACUUCAAAAUAAUCUACGUAAGGCAAAAAGUGAAGUGAUUUCAAAAUUGAAUAAUUCACCGAAAAAUAUUGUUAACUCAUCCUCUAGACCAAGUGAUGAGAAUGAGAAGGGCUCAUUGAAUCAAAUGUCAAUGGGAGAAACUCAUUUAGUCAAAAGUAAACAAAAAGCAAGAUCUAAGUCACCACAAACUUCAAAAACUCAAAACUCGUUGGAAUAUUUAAAAUCUGGCUCUCAGAGUACGAUGGAUAAAAAAUUAUCUGGUUUCUUAGAGCGAUCAACACUUUCUCGUUCUCAGUCGUGUGAUUAUUUAGGUAAAACAAGUGAUUCGUUGGAAGAUCAUGAAGAGUUUAAAGAAAAAUCUGGAAGGAAAAGACGCCUAUUACGACUGAAAAGACUAUUGAAGAAAAGUAAAUCAUUCAAAUCAAAUCACUAUAAAGCUUCUAAUGAAAUGGAUGAAUUAACUCAUGGUGAAAUUGAUGUGUCAAUGGAAUAUGAUGCUCAAGAUCAACAACUUGGAGUUAGUUUAUGGGCUGCUAAUAAUUUAGCACAUGAAAAAUACAAAAUCGGCUUACCUCAUGCUACAAUCUCAUUGCUUCCAGAUAAUGUCAAAUAUAAUCUCAAAGUAUCUGGUAACAAUAAAUGGGAUGGAAGAGAUGCAGUUUUUGAUCUUAGUGUUUGUUUUACAGUACAUAGAUGUGAUUUAAACAAGAAGAUUAUUGUAAUAAAGUUAUGGUCUAGAAAUGGUAUAAAGUCACAAUUCACGAUUGGCCAAACUGUUAUUCCGAUAAAAGAAUGUAAUCUUUUGUUCUCAGCAUGUAGAAAGUGCUUUCAAUUGAUAAGUGAAAAUAAUUCAAUCAUUACAAAUCCUAACAUAAAUUCAGCUUACUACGGUGAAAUCAAACUUGCUUUACGUUUUGUAAUAUCUGAUUAUCAGAAAAAAGUGUUGUGUGUAACUGAUGAAGCUAUUGAUUUGAUUGGCGUAUUAAAUGUAUGGAUAAAGGAAGGAAAGAAUUUGCAUUCACAAAAAGCUGGUACAGAUAUAAAUUCUUACGUGACUGUGGAACUAACUGAUCCUGAACACAAAACAGAAUGUCGAAGUACUGAUCAAAUUCUACGAAGUGAUCAACCGGUUUGGAAUAGUUUACUUCAGUUUCCAAACAAAUAUCUUAGUGAACUAAUUGAAUCUACUGUGAAAAUAUUUAUUUGGAAUCGUUCAAGUAGCUUUAAUGAUCCAGAACUAUUGGGAAUCGUACAAAUUUCCAAUGAAGAAUCUGAAUUAGUGGAUACGAUCAGUGAUAACAACGUAAAUGCUAAUAUGUAUCAAGGCAGUACAGUAACGAAAAGAACAUCAUUGUGGGAAUCUGUAAUCUCGAAACCUGGUAACUGGAUAGAAGGUCUGCUUAGUAUUACAGCUCCAAUUUAAAAUAACAAAUAUAAAACAUUUUAUACAAAUACAUGUAUAUGAAUCUUGUAACUACUUAAAAUUUGAUAGUAGUUUUCAAAUGUUAGCUCCUACAAUUCUUACAAAUUAAUGAAAACUAUUAUAUAACAAUACAGUUUACAGUUUUCUUAAAUGUUAUUGAUAUUGAGGAUUUAACUCUGAUUUAAAAGUCAAUUUACCGAUUUGAAACAUUUUCUCAUUUUAUUUUUCUUAUAUUAUUUUUAUAACAGCCUAUUUGUAAAGUAUUCUCUUGAUUUGAGAAUUGGUCAAUCUAUAAUAAGUAACUGUUUGAAUGGUUAUUAUUUCGAAUAUUAUAAUUAAAUUAACCUGUUCUGAAA